AUGGGUAAGUACGACGCCAGUAGUCUUAAGUCGCUGGAAGGCUUAGAAGCAGUUCGGAAACGACCUGGAAUGUACAUCGGUUCGACCGAUAGCCAAGGUCUGCACCACUUAGUUUGGGAAAUGAUUGAUAACGGCAUUGACGAGGUCUUGGCUAAGUCGGCCAACAAAAUCAAAGUCGUCCUUAAGCAAGACGGAUCGAUUAUCGUUGAAGAUAACGGCCGCGGCAUACCGGUUGACAUGCACAAACCAUCGGGUAAAUCGGGGGUGGAACUAGUUUUUAGCGAACUCCACGCCGGUGGUAAGUUUGACGAAAAAGGCGCCUACCGCACGGCCGGCGGCUUGCACGGCGUGGGCGCUUCGGUCGUCAACGCGCUUUCAACUAAAGUCGUCGUUAGCGUUUUUCGCCAAGGUCACCACUACUUAACCACCUUUGAGAACACGCACGUUAAGGAGAAAACCCACCAAGUCGAACCGACCCACAAAACGGGGACUCGCGUGCAGUUUUGGCCUGACAAAAGCAUUUUCCGCUCGGUUAAGUUUGACUACGACCGGAUCGACGAGUUAGUUUCCCACCACGGCAUCGCCGACUUUGUUCACUACAUUGACGAAUCGAAAAACAAUCUCACUAAGGCGUUUGUUUUUAAAGGCGGCCAAGAGAGAAUUGAAGUCGAGAUCGGUUUUCAGUACAACGCCGAUUACGCCGAAACAAUCGUCUCGUUUGUCAACAACAUUAAAACGAUCGGCGGUGGAACCCACGAGCAAGGUUUUAAAGUGGCUUGGACAAAAGUGAUCAACGAGUACGCUCGUCAGCAAAACUUGAUUAAACCAAAGGAAUCAAACUUAGACGGCAGCGACAUUCGCGAGGGUUUAACGGCGGUGAUUUCGCUCCGCAUUCCCGAAAAAAUGCUCGAGUUUGUCGGGCAAACUAAGGAAUCGCUGCGCACUCCGGCCGCCAAAGGCGCGGUUGAAAGCGUGAUCAACAACAAAUUGGCCUUUUGACUCCAGGAACAGAAAGAGCUGGCGCACAAGAUCAUCCAAAAAUCGCUGGUUGCUUCGCGAGCUCGCAAGGCGGCUCGUAAAGCCCGCGACGAAGCUCGCAGCGCUAAGAAAACGCUCCAACAAACGCGAAUUAUUUCCGGUAAGUUGACGCCGGCUCAGUCCAAAAACCCGCUUGAACGCGAACUUUUUUUGGUCGAGGGAGACUCGGCCGGCGGCAGCGCCAAGUUAGCGCGCGACCACCGUCACCAAGCAAUUUUGCCUUUGCGCGGUAAAGUGAUUAACUCCGAAAAAGCGCGCUUAGUUGACGUUUUAAAAAACGAAGAAAUAGCGACCGUAAUCAACACGAUCGGCGCGGGCGUCGGGAAAGACUUUAGUCUCAAAGACUGCCAGUACGGCAAGGUAAUCAUCAUGACUGACGCCGACACUGACGGAGCUCACAUCCAAACUUUACUUUUAACUUUCUUUUUUCGUUACAUGCGCCAGCUGGUCGCGGCUGGCGGGGUUUACAUCGCCCUAGCGCCGCUUUACCGGGUUGCCUGAAACGAAAAAGGUCAGAAAGCCCAUCGCUACGCCUGAAACGACCAUGAGUUGAGCACUCUGUUGGAAGAGCAUCCCAACUCGGAAAUUCAGCGUUACAAAGGACUAGGUGAAAUGAACCCGCACCAGCUAUGGGAAACGACUAUGGAUCCGUCCACGCGUACUCUGGUAAAAAUUAAAAUUGAUAACGUUGCCCAAGUCGAACGGCAAGUCUCGGUCUUAAUGGGCGACAAAGUUGAGCCGCGCAAGAACUGA